AUGAAGACGUUGCUGACCAACCCGGCCGGAUGGAAAAGCCUCAUCACAUUCGCCAUCCUCUUCCUGGCAUGGGUGUCCGGGUUCUCCGCCCGGCUGUUCGCCGUCAUACGGUUCGAGAGCAUCAUCCACGAAUUCGACCCAUGGUUCAACUACCGUGCAACAGCAUACAUGGUCGAACACGGUUUCUAUAAUUUCCUAAACUGGUUCGACGAGAGAGCAUGGUACCCGCUUGGCAGGAUUGUCGGUGGCACUGUCUACCCAGGAUUGAUGGUCACUUCUGGUGCUAUACACCAUAUCUUGCAUGCCUUGAACAUUCCUGUACAUAUCAGAGAUAUUUGUGUGUUCCUGGCACCCAUAUUCAGUGGUAUGACAGCAAUAUCAACAUAUUUCCUGACUAAAGAACUUUGGUCUCCGGGUGCCGGUUUGUUUGCAUGCUGUUUUAUUGCAAUUGUACCUGGUUAUAUAAGCCGAUCAGUAGCUGGAAGCUAUGAUAAUGAAGGAAUUGCUAUAUUUGCUCUUCAAUUUACCUAUUAUCUUUGGGUGAAGUCUAUCAAAACUGGUUCAGUUUUUUGGUCAGUGCUUACAGCACUGUCUUAUUUCUACAUGGUAUCAGCUUGGGGUGGAUAUGUAUUCAUUAUUAACUUGAUUCCUCUUCAUGUUUUUUUAUUGCUGAUUAUGGGCCGUUACUCAUAUCGUUUAUUCACAAGUUACACUGUAUUCUACAUACUUGGUUUGGUUUUGAGUAUGCAAAUUCCUUUCGUUGGUUUUCAACCAAUUAGGACCAGUGAGCACAUGGCAGCAUCAGGAGUAUUUGCUUUAGUCAUGGCUGCUGGCACAUUUAAUUAUAUUCAAACUCGUAUCACCAAAGCUGAGUUUAAAUUUAUUUUUAUAUUUGCAACACUAGUCACGUCUGGUAUUGUACUAUUGGCUGUAGUUGGUCUAACUUGGGCUGGAGUGAUUGCACCAUGGAGUGGAAGAUUUUAUUCCCUAUGGGAUACAACAUAUGCCAAGAUACAUAUACCUAUAAUUGCAUCAGUAUCAGAGCAUCAACCGACAACAUGGUUUAGCUUUUUCUUUGAUCUCCAUAUACUUGUUUGUAUAUUCCCUGCUGGAUUGUGGUAUUGUAUUCAAGAGUAUAACGAUGAGCGACUAUUUGUGGUUUUAUAUGCCCUGAGUGCUGUAUACUUUGCGGGUGUUAUGGUCAGAUUAAUGUUAACUUUGACGCCAGCUGUAUGUAUUCUUAGUGGUAUUGCGUUUUCCAAAAUUUUUGAAAAUUAUUUAAAAGAGGAUGGCCCAGUUACUAGCAAUGGAACAAAAACAGUUGAAGAAAAACAGCCUUCUAAGGAUAAGACUCCUUCUAAAUCAUCACAAUCAUCUAGCUCUGGCUCCGGAAAGAGUAAAAAAAAGCCACCAACGAUUGCUUCAUUGAACAGUGAUAAUAAUAAUGGAGAAGGUGUGGGAUCAAACAUUAGAAGUAUUGUGACUAUUUCUAUGUUACUUGUACUCAUGAUGUUUGUUGUCCAUUGUACAUGGGUCACCAGUAAUGCAUACUCUAGUCCUAGUAUUGUACUAGCUUCAUUCAGUAAUGAUGGAUCUCGGCAAAUAUUAGAUGAUUUUCGUGAAGCUUACUAUUGGCUAUCCCAAAACACUGACAAUGAUGCUCGUGUUAUGUCUUGGUGGGAUUAUGGUUAUCAAAUAGCUGGAAUGGCAAAUCGCACAACACUAGUUGAUAAUAAUACUUGGAAUAAUAGUCAUAUAGCACUUGUUGGAAAAGCGAUGUCGUCAACUGAGCCAAAAGCAUAUGAGAUAAUGACAUCACUUGAUGUUGAUUAUGUCCUUGUUAUAUUUGGAGGUGUAAUUGGAUACUCGGGCGAUGAUAUUAAUAAAUUCUUAUGGAUGGUUCGGAUUGCUGAAGGCGAACAUCCUAAAGAUAUAAGAGAAUCUGACUACUUUACUGAACGGGGUGAAUUUAGAAUUGACAGUCAGGGCUCACCAACCAUGCUCAAUUGUUUAAUGUAUAAACUUAGCUACUAUAGAUUUGGUGACUUGAAAUUGGAUUUUAGGACACCUGCUGGUUUUGAUCGCACUCGUAACGCCGUUAUAGGUAACCAAAAUUUUGACCUUACCUAUUUGGAAGAGGCGUACACUACUGAACACUGGUUGGUCAGAAUAUACAGGGUAAAAAAACCAGAUGAGUUUAAUAGACCACGUAUACCAGUACUGGAGAGAAAAAUUCGUAAUCCUGGAGCGUCUGCGAUAUCAAAAAAGUCUGCCCGCAAGAAAAAAGGCAUUAUUCAAGGCAAACCAACAGUUCUGAAAGGUAAAAAACCUAAAGCAACUAACACAUACACAAAUGGAAUAUAA